ACGCUUUCCCGCGCCCAUUCCUCCCCGCACUUGCGCGCAAGAAGCUUCCGCCUGUCCUUACAGUGCGAGUCCCCAUAGCGGAAGCCCCUAUGGCGCAAUCUCUUCCGCUUCCCCCGUUCCCCUCCGCCGGUAUAACUCCGUCACCUCCCCCGCUCCGCCGCCCGUUUCCCUUCCCCCCGCCGGAUCUUCCCCCGCGCCCAAGUCUCCCCUCUUCCGCACGCCCUCGCUCGGCGCCCCCGUGCGUAUCUCCGCCGCUAGAGAACAGCCGUCGCCGCCCAUGUUUCUCCCGCCCACCGCCUCGGAGACCCUUCCUAUAGCAGUUCCGCUCUAUAUUCCCCCGAACCACCCCCCCGCGGGGCCCGCGGACCGUUCCUUUGCGCCCAGCUGCGCGUAUGAGCCCCGAGCGCAGCAGCUGGACCGCGCGUUUGUGCACGACGGCGGUUGCGCGUAUGAGCAGCGGGUGCCACCACGGGGACCUCCGGGCCCGCUCGCAUGGGGAAACAGCGGCGCCGCAUCCCGUCGCGCUGCGCCGAUUCCGCGACACUCCUCCCUCCCCCUAGCGGCUUCCGCCUAUCCCAGCGGGAACUACUCUUCCGCCGUUACAAACAGCCCUUGUCCCGUUCUUAAUAAUCAUCAGCGACACGCGAAGGGGCCUGCUGGUAACCUGGUAACCAGAAGAGACAGCAGCGGGAAAUACGAUCAGGCGGGCGGGUGGGAGAAACCGUUUAUUCAUCGGUCCACGUCAGCACCCGUGCCUGAUGACGAGGCUUGGGAAGAGGAAAGGGAAUACGAAGAAGGGGAGGAGGAAGAGGAGGGGGAGGAUUGGGAGGAGGAGAUGGGGGAAAACGAGAUGGCGGCGGAAGGGGAAGGGCGCAGGGGGGAAAUGAGCGGCGCGGGCGGAUGGGGAGUGAGCGCGCGGACUGGGGGGGCGGCGGGAGGGGAAACGCGGGGGUGGCGCGGAGAGGAACCCCGGCGGCAACUGGACAGGUCUUACCUGACGAGCGCGUACGACCAACAGCAACAGCAGCAGCAGCAACAGUCGCAUCUUGCGAGGCAUUUAAGCCUGGAGCCGCAUUUGACGGAUAACCGCAGCGGGCAAACGCGCGGGGACGGGGAGCGGGCGGAAGGGCGGGAGGGGAGAGGCGCGAACCUGCUGCGACAAGCAUCGGACGGGCAAUGCCUUGCGCGCAACGGCGGGUAUGGGCGGGGGGCACGCGGGGACGCACAAGACGGGCAAUACAGGGGGGACAGGCAACAGCCGGACAGGCAACAGCCGGAACAGCCAGACAGGCGUCAGCUGGACAGGCGGCAUGUGGACGGCAUGUACGUGGACAGGAGCGAGCCGGACCGCGAGCGACUUAUAGAGCUGCGAUUGCGGCGCGUGGCACCUGACAAAGAUUCACCUGACCAGGUGGUUCCUGCCCAGGUGCUAGGGCCCAACCCGAUGGCACCUGGUCAGGUUGUUCCUCAGCUGGUGCCGAGCAGGUCACUGCGGCAGCUGAGGAGAGUGCCUCCUCUUGAUUCAAAAGCGCAGAAACAGCAGCCAGACCCUCACAGACAGCGGGCAGACACACAGGAGCAGCGGGCAUGCGUAUCUGCUCCAGAGCCUACCCAAUCCUCCUCGCACCAAACCUUGUCCCAAUCCCCUCCUCCUUGCUCUUCCCCUUACCUCCCUCCUCGCUCAUCUCCUCAAUCCCCUCCUAUUUCCCCUCCCUACGCCUCCCCUUGCUCCCCUCCUCUCUCUCCUCCUGCCUCUACUGGUACCGCUAUCUGCCACUCCCCCUCCCUCUCAUCGUCCUCCUCCUCCUCCUUUGUGUGGCCGAGGGGGAACGGGCCUGACUUUGGGACCGGCGGGAGGGCUGCCUUGGGGGGAGCGGAUAAGUGGGUGGCGUGCUUUGUCCCGCAGUGCUGGAACCGCAAUUGA